AUGGAUAUCCCACCUACCCAGCGGCCUCACGGCGGUUUGUCGCUUGUCCGAGGCUCUCAAACACCAGAGCUAUUUCAAUUGACAUUUGGCCAGCUUGUUGACCAGCAAGCUGCUCGAUACGGGUCCAAAGAUGCCGUCCUGGUCGGCUGGACCAACGCUCGACUCAGCUUCAACGACCUAAGCAUUCGAACCAAGGAGCUGGCACGUGGUUUGCUAGCCAUGGGUAUCGGCAAAGGUGACCGUAUCGCCAUUCUCUCUGGGGAUGAUGAGAGGGUCAUUGAGCUCUUCUUCGCCGCUGGCAGGAUUGGCGCAGUGCUGGUUGUUCUCAACAAGACGUACACCGUCAACGAGUGCAUGCGAGCACUUGAGCACACAGAUCCGUCCAUAUUAUUCAUUGCCGACGUUGUCAAUCGCCGAACAGUUCUUCCCAUCCUCAACCAACUACAAACCCUCCAACGCAGCCUUCGACAGAUAGUCUUAGUUCGAUGGGAUGAGGUCCCGAUUCGAUCAGAAAUAACCUGGGAUCGUGUGCUACAAGGCGCAAGCUCUGUGUCUACAGAAAGGCUCGAAGAAGUCCAGGUGUCGGUUGACGUCAACUCUGUUGUCAAUUUCCAGUUCACCAGUGGCACGACCGGGUCGCCCAAAGCUACCAUGCUUAGCCACUUCAACGUCAUCAACAACGGUUUCAUGAUCGGAGAAUAUCUUCAGUUAACCCACGACGAUGUCCUCUGCUGCGCGCCGCCUCUCUUCCAUUGCUUCGGACUCGUCGCUGGCUUGAUGGCCACUUUCACCCACGGGGCCGCGAUCGGUUUUGCUGGGCGGGACUUUGAUCCUGCUCAAGUCGUGGACCUAUUGGUGAGGGAGCGGUGCACUGCCCUGCACGGAGUUCCAACCAUGUACAUCGCUAUCUUGAAGCACUUGGACAAGAUUGGCGUGACAAUCGAUACUAUUAGAACGGGUAUUGCGGCUGGCACCAAAGUUCCUCCGGCCCUGAUCAGUGAGAUCCAGGAGCGGCUAGGAUACCAGUUCGUUGGUAACACGUAUGGCAUGACCGAAACAUCACCAGCGAGUUUCAUGACGUCUGUAACCGACACCCUAGAUCAACAGCUCUACACUGUAGGCAGAGUCAUGCCUCAUGUAACAGCCAAGGUUGUCGACCAGGAGAACCGGAUCCUGCCCAUUGGUGCGCGUGGCGAGCUAUGCGUAUCGGGUUAUCUCCUACAACAGGGGUAUUACAACAAUCCAGACAAGACGGCCGAGGUUAUGAUCAGAGAUAAGAAUGGAGUGUUGUGGAUGCACACGGGUGAUGAGGCAACUAUUGACGAGCAUGGCUACUGUCGCAUUACUGGCCGUAUCAAGGACAUUAUCAUCCGAGGUGGUGAAAACAUCUACCCGCUGGAAAUCGAGGAACACAUUCUGAGCCACCCGACGAUAAGCAACGUCAGUGUUGUGGGUCUAAAAGACGAACGGUACGGCGAGGCCGUGGCUGCCUUCAUGCAGAUACGCCCUGGUCACGAUAAACCAUCACACGAAGCCAUAAGGGGCUGGGUCCACGAUGAACUCGGAAGACACAAGGCUCCGCAGCACACGUUCUGGCUCGGGCCGGGAGAGAUGAUCACAGAGUACCCGGUGACGGGCAGCGGCAAGAUCAGAAAAGAAGUGCUCCGGGAGCUUGGAAAUCGGAUUCUGGAGCAGAGCGAAGCUAGGCCUGUGGCAAAGCUGUGA